UUUUACUCUCUCUCUCUCUCUCUCUCUCUCUCCCCCUCUAUUGACUCAUCAUCAACCCUGCAAUCUAGGUCUUCACUCCUCACUGCAAACCCCCCACUCUCUCUCUCUCUCUCUCUCUCUCUCUAAAACCCCCAAUUCCGAUUCAACCAUGGAAGACGCGGCGACGAUGAUCAACUCGGCGACGAGCAUCCCGCCGUUUCUGAACAAGACCUACGACAUGGUCGACGACCCCUCCACCGACUACUUGGUCUCAUGGACCGACGCCAACAACAGUUUCGUCGUUUGGAACGACGCCCAGUUCGCCCGGGACCUGUUGCCCAAGUUCUUCAAGCACAACAACUUCUCCAGCUUCGUCCGCCAGCUCAAUACUUAUGGUUUUAGAAAAGUUCAUCCAGACCGAUGGGAAUUCGCAAAUGAAGGGUUUCUAAGAGGUCAGAAACAUCUUUUGAAGACUGUCAAUAGGCGAAAGCCAGUUAAUGUACAGAGUCAUCAACAAUCAGCACCAGUACCAGCACCUAAAGUAAAGAGCUCCCAAGUUGCUGCAUGCGUAGAGGUGGGAAAACUUGGACUGGAGGAGGAGGUUGAAAGGCUUAAAAGGGACAAGAACACUCUUAUGCAGGAACUUAUUAGUUUGAGGCAGGAGCAGCAAGCAACAGAUAACCAAUUACAGAAUGUUGGUCAACGUGUGCAGGGAAUGGAACAGCGGCAGAAGCAAAUGAUGUCAUUUCUUGCAAAGGCUAUGCAUAGUCCUGGCUUUUUAUCCCAGCUUGUACAGCAUCAGAAUGAGAGCAACAGGCGCAUCACUGGAAGCAACAAGAAAAGGAGACUUCCGAGGCAAGAAGACGAAAUUUUGGUGGGGAAGCUUAGCAGUAAAACUCUGGAUGGACAAAUUGUGAAAUACCAGCCUUCAAUGAAUGAAGCAGCAAAAGCAAUGCUACGGCAGAUUAUGAAGAUGAAUAUAUCUCCUAGGCGGGAACCGUCAAUGAACAAUCCUGAUGCUUUUCUGAUUGACAAUGUUCCUUCUUCCAAUGUAUUAGACAGUAGGAACUGUAGCCGGAAUUUGGGAGUCACCCUUUCAGAGGUUUCACCGACUUAUAUGACAGCAGAAUCUGGAUUUCCUGUCACUUGUCAUUCUAGAGCUACUUCUCAGGUCCAGCCUUCCCCUUCUGUGGCUACUGACUGUGUUACAGCAACUCAAAUUUCAGAAGAGAACAUCUACAAUCUUCAAGAAGAUACAGUUUUGCCUGAACUAACUGCAAUGCAAGGUAUUGCCCCACCAAGCACUGUGGAGAUCCCUAAUGCAAACUUUAUGCCCUCUGAGACGGUGAAUACAGAGUACAUGGAUGUGUCAGUUUUGGAUCAGGCAAUGCCUACAAAAACUGAGGUCUUUUCUCCUGAGAUCAAUCCUGAUGCAGAUGUCUCGCAAGAUGGAGAGCCUAACCUUCCGGGAAUUAAUGAUGUCUUCUGGGAUAAGUUUUUUGACACAGAUGAAAUUGAUUUGAGUUCAGUUGUUGGGGUGACCAAGGAUCAGGAGAUGCAGUCAGGGAAGGGAAAUGGAUGGGACAAGAUUCAACAUAUAAGUCCAAUUGCUCCUCAGCAAACAGGGCUUGAGGGCAUGAUUGGUUGACCUUGUCUUUCCAGUUUCCAGUUGUAUAUAUAUGUUUCUUGCCAUCAAGAGGUAUAUCUAAUCUGCUACUUACCAUUAGAAGAAUUUUAUAGUCAACAUCCCUCAAAUCUUAAUCUUGCAAUGUCCAGAAGAUUAAGAACAUAUGUACCCUUGAAUUGACAAUUUUUGCCCCAGUACUACCUUCUCACCUCACCCUUGCCUCAAAUGUAUGUAAUAAAAAUACUUGUUAUUACUCAUUAACAUGCAAAAUAUAAACAUGCUAGACGAUAUUGUAUUUUCAACUUCAUGGGUUGGCAUGAUGUUAAUUGUUGUUAAA